AUGGCAGAUACCUCGUCUACUGCACGGCUCACAGAUGACAACCAGUUCUCCAUCGCAGAAUCGGAACCCUUCAUCUACGAAUCGCUCGCUUAUCCAAUGAAAAAUUAUAACUCGGAGCCUCCCCAGGUCUUCGCCCAGCCUCCAUACAGCGAGGACGCCUUCGCUGGUGCCGGACAAUGGUACGUGCCACCAUCAGCAAGUUACCAUUCCGUUAUUCCGAGAGGCUACCAACAAAGUGCAGGUCACGUCAUUCCAAUGACGCAUGACAUACCAACUGACAUACCCUCACGUUAUGUCGCGUCCCAAAUGGAUUACCCAGUGCAGCCAUUCCCGGUGCACGAUGUGUACCGACAUAUUUUCAAGAGACCUCAGGAGCUCGAUACCGGAGCAAAGCGCAAGUUGAACUGGGGAAAUCUAGGCUGGCUCCUCCUUGCUUUCUCUUUGGUCUUGGUCCUUGUUUUCCUCCUUCUGGGAAUCUCAACUAGGAUGAUACGGGAACCAGGGGAAUACAAAGUGGAUGGUAAUGCGUUAUCCGUCGUCAAAAACUUGCCAACGCUACCGAGCUCAAGCCGUGCUCCAAACACGGAUCCGUGGACGUCAAGGCGAGAUACAGAAGUCGUGACAUGCACAUCCGAUGUUUGUCAGUGGGAAGGAAAAUACCUGAACGGGAACCUGAAUUACUCAGUAAAUCCUUGCGUUGACUUUUAUUCCCACGUAUGUUCAGCGAAGUGGUAUAGUGGUAAAAGAGCGCUGGGCGUGUACACGUCUCGAGCAUCCGGUGCAGUCCUCCGUAGCUUGCGGGACUUCCUGAAGAGCGUACGGGCCAACUUCUCUUCAAAUUCGUUCCUGAAUCAGGCUGCCGCCUUCAGUCGUGGCUGCAUGAGCAGACCGAGCGACUCCGCGUGGCCAAUAUUUGGCUCCAUUCUGUCCGACCUGGGCAUAGCAGGAUGGCCUUUGCGCAUUGACUUGCCGGAGACGAGGCCCCACGACGUCGCCAGGGUGAUGGAUAAGCUAUUAGGAACGUCUACGUUCGUGACCGUGUCGCUUCAUCAGCGAUCGUGGGACAACAAAGUGGAGCUCCACGUCGACUCGCCGCCGAUUUUUCUGCGGCGGUUUCUGGCAGUCGCACCGAAACGUGACAACGUGACGUAUACUGAAUACGUUUAUAAGGUGCUGUCGCUUCGGGAAGAAGUAUCGGACAAGGCGCUAGAACUCGCGACUGAGAUAGUAAAGCUGGAGGAGGCGAUGUCAGAUGCUGCGGCUCCUUCGAGCGGAAACCUACCAGUCGUUCAGGCUACAAGACCCUUGAAUUCAUUCAAGACGUUGCCGAACUGGGACUGGACGCAAUAUUUCUCGUACUUCAUCCAAGGGACACCGAGACUAGUUCUGGGAAAAAUCUCCAUUCUCGACCGGAACUACAUUGAUCAACUCGCUGUUAUCUUAACUAAUGUUCGUCAGCGAACUCUGAUAAACUAUAUCGGCUACCGUUUGAUCAUCUACAUGUCUCCCCUACUUCCAGCUGGUCGGACACACUUCAUACUUCCGAUAAGCCACCCAGUUCAAACAACGAGAGGUGUACCAGAAAGACUGGCAGCGUGCAUGUUUAUGCUUGAACGUGUCUACCCUUUCGGCGUUCGAGCGUUAACGUGGUCAGCGAUGAUGCGAAAGUCCAAGUCAUUGCACCUUGACAGUCUAGGAGAUGACUUCAGAAGGAUACGGGACGUAGUACGGUACGAAAUGAAGCGAGCUGCUGUGUCAGCCCCGUGGUUAAACAACAACGAGUCUCAUGUUGCUACUUCCAAGGUGGACGGUAUGAAAAUUGAGCUUAUACCUCGUAAAGAACUGCUAGCUCUGCCGGCUAUGACGUUCCAGAAAGACGUUCCGGUGCGGGGACGAGUGCUUCUGGCGUACUAUAAGCUGCUUCGUUUCGUACACACGCAGUACUGGACAAGCGGGGACCGCACUCACUUUCAUGAUCCGAUAAUCCCGAGGGAGUCUGUAUUCCAACCAGGAUCCUUCUACGAUCAUCAGCGCAACGUGUUGACGCUUUCACCAGCUACCGUAGCGUUUGUGGCAAGAAUUUCUCACUACUUCGAGGCGACCUCGGUUCCCUUUCUUUUAACACCGAUCGUUCGCGGCAUGUUCGCUGCAAUGGACGGUCGUAGCACUUCUGUAGACGUCGACGGAGGGGUCCACAAGUUGUUGUCCAUGAACUCUCAAGGAAGAUUUCUGACUCGCGCCAAGUGCGUUCAAGAAACGUUCCUCCGUGGGGCAAAGGCGUUGACGAAGAACGACGGCGACGAAUCGCUGUUUCUUUACGAGAACGUGGCAGAUGGCGCUGCUCUACAACCGCUGUACAACGUCUUCCUGAAAUUCGCUCAUAGGAAAAAUAACUUGGGCAUCGUGCGAGGACUUCGUGGAGACGUGACAAUGCAGCGGUUAUUUUUCCUCAACUACGCCUCCAUGUUUUGCGAACAUGCGCGCAGUGGAAUGCACUUGAAGAAGGUGCUCCAGCGCAAGGCAUUCGUUCCGGGGAUGUUAAGAGUGAAUGGUCCGUUGAAAAGAUUCAAAGCUUUCGCCAAGGUGUUCGAAUGCGCGUAUGAUACGCCUAUGAAUCCAAAUCAUUCUUGUACAUUAUGGUGA